GAAUAAACUCCCCAAACUGCUCAGGGAUAAGGUUGCAUCCAGGCCCUCCCUCUGUGGCCUGUGCCUCUGUGGAACCGCACCAAAGAACAAUCUAAUGUGCAACAUAGGGUUCGGAUAAUUGAUCAAGUGGCUACCAGUUGCUUUUUUUUUAACCCCUUUUGUGCUCCAGUGGUUCUGCAUGGUCUGAGCCCAAAGAAGCCUUAACGUUUUUGCAUUUUUUUGUAAAAAAAAAUUCAUCGGAUCGCUCGACACGACAGGUUUCAUGAUCUGAGGUCUUACAAGAGAGAUAAAGGUUCUGGCAGGAACAGCACUUUCUCAUCAGGACACUAAUAGCAGAAACAGUUCUCUCUUUCCACAGGACUUCUGAUUAACUCUUAAGAUUGGGAUUUCAGCAUAUCACCGCCAAGAUGGAAGCACGGACCUCCACCAUCACCACUGUCCUUGAGAGCAAAGGAGGUGAGUCGAGUGCUCCAGCUACACGAGUGUCCAAACGCACUGUGAUGGAUGAUCUGUAUACCACCUUCAGUUCCCCUGUGGCCUGGGUACUAGUCCUGGCCCUCAUCAUCACCUGGUCUGCAGUUGCCAUCAUUGUUUUUGACCUCGUGGACACCAAGAGCCUGGAAGCCCAUACAUUAUACUGUGACGACCCCUGUUUGCCACCUGGACCUCAGGCGGCGCGCGCCAGGAAAGCCUUCAAGGAGGCAGGCGGCCUUAGAGGAGGUAUUCAGCACAUGAGCAGAGAACCCGUGAAGGUUCAUGAAGCCGUGGACGACUCCAGCGACUGGAUGAACGCGAUCUUGACCUUUAUGACAAAUUUGGUAACGCCGGAAGAGGAGGACGAAGCAGUGGAAUGGCAAGCAGUGAAGAAGAAAGGAGAAUUCCUUCCAGCAAGAAAAAAAGUUUCAGCAUUGCAGGUGAAAGAAAUCAUUCAGAAAGAGGACGACGAGAAGAAGAUGAAACAAGAGGAAGAGGAGGAUGAAGAAAUGGAGGAGAAGGAGGAAACAUCUGUGGUGGAAGAGAUGGAUGAAACAGAAGAAGAGGAAGAAGAAGAAGAAAAAGAAGAGGAGGAGGAGAAGAAGGAGGAAGAGGAGGAAGAGUUGAAAGAUGAAGAUGAUGAGGAAGAUGAAGAUAAGGAGCAUGAUGCAAAGGCUACCAGAGUUGAAGAUAAGGAUCAAGUCAAGGCAGAGAAAGAAAAAGAGAAAGAAGAGAAAAAGGAAAAGCCGACCAAAAAGCCUGAGUUAGAAACAAAAGAAAAGAAGAAAAAAGAAGUAGAAAAAAAGAUAGAUGGGGAAGAGGAAGGAAGGGGAAAAGAAAGGCUAAAGCUAGAUACUGGUGUGGAAGAGAAAGAAAAAAAAGAAAAGAAGAAAGAAGAGAAGGUAAAGAAAGAAAAAGUGACGAAGAAGAAGGAGGAGGAAAAGGAGGAGGAAAAGGAGGAGGAAAAGCCUGAAGUAGUUAAAGAGAAGAAGAAAAAGAAAGAAGGAGCAGACCGAACUAAAGAGGAUAAAACAGCUGCUUUAAAGGAAGUUGCUGAGGAACAGAGAGCAGCAGCAGAUGUAGAAACAGAUGAUGAAGAUGUUGGAGAGGAGGAUAAAGAUGCUGACAAAGUGUCAAAAAAUGGAGAAGAAGAAAAAACAGCCAUAGAACCUGUCGAUGUGGCAACAAAACGACAGGAAGACGAAGAAGAUAAAGCAGCAGACAAGGAAGAGGAAGUCGUCACUGACGAUGCCACACCUGCAGAUUCAGCGUCCAUUGAAGAAAGCAAAGAUGAUAGUAAAGAAGAAGAAAAAGAAGAAGAAAAAGAAGAAGAAAAAGAAAAAGAAGAAGAAAAAGUAACAGUUCCAAUUGCUGAUAAAAAAGAUGAUGACUAUGAAAAACCUGCUGAUGUCAUUAAAGACAAAAUAGCUGAUGAAAAAGAUGAGAAAGAAGACACAGCUAGAGUGGACGAUGUAGAAGAGAGUGUUGAUGACCAAAAAGACAAAGAUGACCAAAUUAAAGACGAGGUGGAAGAAGCUGCUCUGAAGGCUGAGCAGGAAACCAGAGAUGACACAAUAAUCAUUGGCACUGCAACACUAGAAACUGGCACCAAAACACUAGAGGCAGAGAAAGAAGAGGCAGUGAAGGAGGCUGAGGUGGAAGAGAAGGAGGAAGUAAAAGCUGAAGAUGAGGAAACGUUCAAACCAGUGACUGAAGGUGAGCCCAAAACAGUAGCAACAGAGAAGAAAGAAGAGGAAAUCAGCAAACUGAAUAAAACAGAAGCUGAAAAGGAAGAUAAACAAAAAGAAUCUUCCACUUGUGUGUGUAUGCAGCCGGAGCAACCCAUACUGCCUCAGACACAAGACACUGAGGCUGAGGAGGAAAAAGAAGAAGAAAUAAAGCAGCCACAACAGAAGCCUGAGCAAGCUGUGAAGCAGGUGGUGGAUUCAGAGCUACUGCAGAAAAAGGAAGACGUUGACGUCGUCGCCGCACUGCAGGAUCUCCCAGCAUGCCGUCCAACGCCGGUGUACUGCCCAGCACCGCCCGGCUGGUACGUGCAUCACAUAGUCACAGAUAGUCCAUUACCACCGACGCCGGUGCGAGAGACUCAAUUUGCUGCAAUAGCAACUCAUGCAGUCACGCUUCAAAGACAAGAUGCUGAACAAAAGACACCAAAGCAUGAGACAAAAAAGAAAGAGCCUCCUGUUAAGAAGCGAAAAGUAACACCUACAAAGAAAGUUGCUGUCUCUAAACUACUGAAAGUAAAGGCACCUGAAAAGAAAGUAAUACCUCAGAAACGAAAAGUUCUCCUGACUCCCAAAGAGAAGCUCAGACUGAUCCCACAUAGGCGAGAACUACCAAGGCUGACCAAACCUAUCAGAUCAGCUGAAGCCGCAAUACAGAAGGCCAAAGUCAUGAAGAAAGGAAAAGAAGAGAAGAAAGAAGUCAAGGACGUGAAGCCUGCAGUCGCGGAUAAAACUAAAAGGAAGCCAAUGAAAGCAAAACAUACUGUACUUCCAGCUAAAGUGGCCAGAACCAUUGCUGUAAAAGUUAAAAAAGAGAGAAGGCCUGCUCUUGAGAAGAAACAGCCUGCCAUCAAACCAGCUCCAGAAAAAACGGAUGUUACGAGCAAACCUGCUCCAGAAGCCAAAGUAGCUGAUUCAGAAGGGAAAACAGCUGCUCCAUCUGCACCAACAAAAGAAUCCAAAGUUGAAGAAAAUGUUACAGAAGGGAAGAAGACGGGCAAGAUCCCAUACUUCCAGUGUGUACUAGUGGGUGGAAAAGCCAGCCAAUAUCCAUUACGUCCGUUAUCUCAAGCUACGACUCCUGCUAUUAACCCGGCCAUGAUGAGAGCCAUGAUGGAACAGAGAGCCAACGUGCUCGAGCAGAAAGCCCGGCCAGCAGGGCAGUAACUCCGAAAGGUUGAUUUUUGUGAAAUUCUUUAUGAAAGCUGCUGCUGAUGCUCUCACAUGGUGCUAGUCUCUUUAUCAAACUUUGAACGUAAUUCUAACCAACACUAAACACCUGAGAGUCUUUUUUUUUGUAAUUAUUAUUGUCUUAUGGGUUUUGGAGCCAAUAAACUAUUCCUUUAUAAAUGGCCAUAUCAGUUAAUCCAUGGACAGGUAAAGAUUAUUUAUGGCAAGGCAGAAGCAGUGUUUACACAACAAUAUUGUACACAAAAAUACAGAUGCAUUAAGAUUUACAUGGUAUAAUAUAUACAUUUACAUUGCAUAUAAUGCUUAAGAGUAAUAUUUUUCAGUAACAUUCAAGCCUGAGUUUCCAGAAAGCAUCAACACAGCAUGAAUGGUAGAGCGAGCAUCCCAUCCAACUCUAUCUACCAGUUAAAAUGAUCUUAAUUUUUCAAUGCUUUUGGGAAAUUGGCUCCAGGUCUGUUUACACGUGUGGACGUUUUUGAAGAAACCUCGUUUUAAUAGUCAACAUGAGACUAUAUUACAGAGGAUAACAUCUAGACUUGAAAAUAUACAAUCAAUGAUUUGCUCAAUAAAUAUUUAUUUACAUAGGCAGUUACAGCAGUGUAUUAGAAUGGCAUAGUAGAUUUGUUACUGCUUGGCCUGAAAAGAUUCACCUGUAUGCAACAGAGAUAUUAUCUCUUGCCACAGGUCAUUUCCUUUGUAUCAUUGUAGCACGUUCCUGUAACAGCUGUCAUAUUACUGCAAGUAACAUUCAUUAAAAUAAAUAUAGACGAGUCAAGAUGUUGAGUAAAAUCAGAAGAGAUGCACACAUACACAUGUUUUACCCAUGCAAAGUCUCAGUUUUUUCUUCAGGUAUAAAUCAGUCACGAACAUGAAAAUGAUCAAUGUCAACAAUGUACAAAAGUGAGGAUUAAAAGUCCGAUUUUAAUGAAACUAUAAAGUAUAUACUGUAAUGGAAAUGUAAAGUAACUACAUUACAGUACUGUAUGUGUCAUUGUUAAACGUUUAUAGGCAUCUAGUAUUCAUAGUGCAUUGUAAACAUAUAUGUGUCACGUAGCGUCCAUGACAGUACGGAUGCAACCUUAGCCUGGCAAAAACAAACGAAAGUCAUGCAGUACAGUAACACGGGUGUUUUCAAAUUGUUAAAAGUCUCUGUAUUCUCAGUAUGCUUAAGAAUUUACAAUAUCUGCAAUUUUUUUUACCUGUCUUUCUGUAGCAUGUUUCUAUAUCACAUGACCUGGAAGCCUGUUUGUGUUCAUAGAAAAAAGGAAAUGUUUCUCCUCUAAUCAUAUGCUGUUAAAAGCUGCAUAAAAACUGCAAAUGAAAAAGUCAAUA